AUUUUAGAUGUCCACAAAUGCCCCUCGAGACUUGAUUGAACGUCUAAAACAAGAGAGAGCGAGUCUCGAAUUACUUUGAAAAUGGUAGAAAGAGACCAAUUUGCCGAAUUGGCCUGUAGAAUCUAAAUAUUCCACUUAAAAUAAUGAGGCCUGGCAGAUAUCCAAUUGCAUUUAGAGCACCCUGAACUAAACAUCUCAAUAGAUCAGCGGGAAUAUAGAAUCACAAUUCUAAUUCCAAUCUAUGAUCCCAGUAUGACUGUACGAGGCUAUGAGUCCUAUUAGGACCUUCAUUCUUCUAAUUUGAGAUCCGUAUUACAGUGUAUAAAUAUCAAUCUCAUCUGAUCCUUCUUUUACACCUCCGAUUAUAAAACCCAGAGGCCAUAGCUAUCAAGAUUUCAGGAACCAGGCAGGUAAUUUCUUUUUUAUUAUUCUUCCUUUCCUCUUUUGGCGUUUUGCAGGGUGAAUUUCUGGAGGCAACUAGUAGCUGUUUCCAUAACCAAUUCUGGACCAUGACAACCGUUCUAGCUUCUGAUCGAUCAAGAAGAGUUGGAGACCUUAAAUUACCUCCACUUUAAUGAAAGAAUUGUUGCUGAAUAUUUGUUAACUACAGUGGCUACUACCAUUAAGCCUGCAAUUGGUGGGAGCCGAUCGAUUUCUGGUGUUGUCAAAGGUUGGUGUCGCCCAAGAGAUGAUUCCGUUGCAGGUCGUGAUGUUGCUGCCAGAGAAGAUGGUGGACCCGUUUUCAUUGUUGGAGCCUUGCGCUGGAGAGAGAAGCUGCCGCUUUUGCCGGCAUGGCGAGAAGAAGGAACCAGAUCGAUUUCAUGCUGGUACGAAGGUGAUUAGCGGCAGACUAAGAUGGAGUCUAACGGGCGAUCGCAAAUCGUUUGCUGUUACCUGGGACGCCGUUGGAUUUCUUCCCAUCUGUUUUGCUUGUAGGCCGCUACUACUCUUGGCGUGAAGGAGAAAAUUGUGAGAUGACGUAUUCGGUCUGCCGUGAAGAUUUAGAGCUUUAGAAGACCGGCCACUUCGUCGGUUUGAAGACCCGUUAUUUUGUGGGUGUGAAGACCGGCCACUUCGUCGGUUUGAAGAUCCGCUAUUUUGUGGGUGUGAAGACCGGCCACUUUGUCGGUUUGAAGACCCGCUAUUUUGUGGGUGUGAAGACCGGCCACUUCGUCGGUUUGAAGACCCGCUAUUUUGUGGGUGUGAAGACCGGCCACUUCGUCGGUUUGAAGACCCGCUAUUUUGUGGGUGUGAAGACCGGCCACUUCGUCGGUUUAAAUUUAUGAGCUCCGCUGCCAUUAUUGAAGGAAUGCGGAAUUUGACGAGCUGGCUAAUUGAGAACUCUGUGAUAUGUUCUCUACCUCAAUUAGUUUAAGAGAAGAAACGGGAGGGAGCAAAAUCACUAAUUGUUCUCUGCCUUAGUUGCUUCUGCAUGUUUAUUGCAAAGGAGAAAUUAAGGAACAUGAAGAGCACAACCGCAGAGUAAUUGCUAUGUGAUGGAAACCCAUAUUCGGAUUGUGCAAAUUCGGCCAGUUGGGGCUUCGUGAUGGAGAAAUCAGCCAUAUUUAUUUGAGAGAGACUUUCAAUUUAUUCCUUUGAUUUAAUUACAAAAAAAUCUCACUUUUUUUUUCAAUGACUUUUUUUUUUCAUCUUUUUUUUUUGACCAUUUUGCUCUUUUUUUUUAUGCAGCACAAAAUGGUGUUUUUAAAGGAUAUAAAGCAUGAAGGUCAGAAACUUCUCUCCAUAUCAACGGGCAAUACUAAUGGCCAUGAGAUUCAUCUGGAGAUUUGCAAACCCUUUGCUCGUGGUAUUUGCCCUGCGACUGUUGUGUCAUACCGCGUUGCUAACUGGACUCCCGAGUGCGAGUAUCAAGAUCAAUCUCUGCGAAUUUUAAUAUCUGGCUUUCCUCAAAGACCUUCUCUUAACAUUCUUCCUUCUUUGGGUAGACGUAUCCUUGAUGACAACAUCCCCCUCAAAAAACAUCUAUUUUUUGGUGGUGAAUUUAGAUUUAUCACUGGUUAUUGGGAAUGGGCGGAAGACGUUUUGGGCAUGAGUAAAAACAUCCUAAAGAAGGGGCUUAUUUAUGAUGUUGUUUAUGCUUCAUUGUUCACAUAUGACCGAUGUAUUAAUGCUGUACAAGCAUUUUGUGAGGCAUGGUGUCCCGCGGUGAACACUUUACUUACAUCAAUUGGUGAAUUGGCGAUCACGCUUUGGGAUUUACAUGUUAUUGGAGGAUUACCAAUAAUAGGAGAUGCAUAUGAUGAAUCUAUCUCGAGCGCCUCUGAGAUGUUGAAGGCAAAUGCCGACCGCCCUUUCCAGCUUUGCAAAUACUUAUUUGGCGCGUACCAUCACCUUUUUCCAAAGACGGGAGACAAACGUUUGCUAUGUGUUCAUGUAUGGGUCAAAUUCUGGUUUAAGAAAGCCUCUAAGUAUACUAUGCCUCCAUCGAGAACGGAAAAGAAGAGAACAGCUCGUGCAAAGGCAACUCACAACCCGAGUGGAUCAAUUCCAAAAUUUGGUGGAUGGACAAAUUCUAUGAAGGUACCGUUCCAAAUACUCAAGGUUCCUGCCGAAUAUGAGAAAGAGAUCUAUUUAGCAGCAUUCCUAUCAUGUUGGCUAUGUGCAUUUGUGUUGCCACAUGAAGGUCCAAGGGUCAUACGUCCAGAAAUUUUUAAAGUUGCUUGUAUGGCUUGCGGGAGGAAAAUAUGUCUUGCUGUUCCAGUUCUUGCCAGUAUCUAUCAUGGACUUAAUCAAAUUUCAAAUGCUCCGUCUCCUGACCAAGUUAGAACGUGCUUUCCUGUUCACUAUGUUUAUGGAUGGUUGGCCUCAUACUUUGACACUCAUUUCAAGAAUGAUAUUCAGUCCACGACCCCAUUGAUGAUCUCUUAUUCGGGAGAGGGCGGAGCAAGGUCCCUUGAUAAAAGAGGAGCGCGUGGGAGAAUUUUCCAGGGAGAUGUGUCUUCAUGGAUGUGUUCUACUCAUCGGAGAAUUAGGGACCACGUUUUCUUUGACGGCGAGAAUCCUUCCGAGACUGACUUAACAUUCUUUAGAUGUCUUCGAUCUAAUUUUCUUGAAUUACGCUACCAAAAUCAUUGCAUUGCCGAGCCAUACACUCCUCAUCGCUUUAGUCGACAGUUUGGGUACUUCCAAGCUAAUGCACCUGGUUUGCUUGAGAAGCAUGAGCGUCGUGUUUCUCUUGUUGCUGGAUUUCGGUUUUGGCAGCAGUUUGAGCAUGGCAUGUCACGGGCUGAAGCGGUGUUUCCGACUCCUCCGACUAUUCCCGCGAAGUAUUAUUCCUUGGAGUAUAAAGAAUGGUGGAGCCAAGUUCAUGGUAGCUACCUCGAGAAUCGCGUGGGUGACUUGAUUAGGAUUUGUGAUUUUGAAAUUGGCAAUGUGGUCAGCUCUCCGGAUCCCGUAGCUCCAGCCUCCAAGAAGAAGAAAGAGGUACCCGAUACUGAAGCUAAGUCUUUGCCUCAGAAAAAGGCUAAGCUUGCAGCACCUAGGGCUGAAGUUUUGAUCAAGGAUGCUGAGAAAGAAACACUUCCUGCCAAGGCGAAUGAGAAUCAAGUUCUUGAGAAGCAGAGUAAUGAUGAUAGGAAUUGGAAGCAUCUUUAGAGAAAACCUCAUCCUGGGCCACUGAGGAUUCAUCCAAUCCUUGAUGAUGCUAGUUCUUCAAAUCAUGUUUCUUCAUCUAGCUCAAGUGAAGGAGAAACCGAUGAUCAUGACACCGUUGCGGGGUUGAUGGCAAAAGGUGUCCCAAGUAAUUGCAAAGAAGUUCCAAUCGACGAGAUACCGAAAUCCCCUCAUGCGAAAUCGGCUGUAUCCGUUUUUCAAGGAGAGAACUACUUCUUUACUUUGUAUAAGCGGUUCCUCAUUGAAACUUGGGGCGGUAUUCAAAAGAAGAUAGAAAAGGUUACAGCAGAGAACGUCUCUUCUCUUCGAGAGGAUGUUCAAAGUUGUGUUAUCUUGAUGGAGAAGGACGGUAUUGACCUUUCCGUGUUGAAGACAAGAGUGGAGAAUUUUGUUUGAAAGAGCACAAGUAUUUGAUCAAAAGUGCUCGACUAUUGCUGACAGGGUCCCUACGGAGAAGCAGUCUCGGGAAUUGGCUAUGUCACAAGCUUUUUGUGCAGAUAUUGAAGCUAAGAGAUCUCAAAAUCAAGUCGCAUUACUUGAUGAUGAGAAAUCUCUUAAUGAAAUCAAGAAGAAGAUAGCCUUAUUGGAAGCUGAAGCUAAGGAAGUAGAAGUUUUGAUUUCCCAGCGUCAUGCAGAGGCUAGUGACUUGGAUGCAGCUCUUACGAAGGCCAAGGAGGAAUAUUCACGGAUUUUGAAGACUAUUAAAGCAUCAGACGAAGAUCAACUUGCUUUAAGUACCCAGAAGAAGGAGCUAGAGGCUUUGAAGGAUGACUUAGUCAGCUUUAAAUUGUUUUUAGGCUGAGUUUGUUUUUACUUGUUUAUAGAUUAGCUUUUAGUCAGCUAACACUUUCCUUCUUUUCUUUCCAUCAAACUAUAUAUGUAUAUAUAUUUGAUUGAUUUCUUGCUCCUCAUGAGUUGAUAUCCUCUUA